CGGCAGGAGCCCUUUAAGCAUUGGCUACAACCACUUCUCCCACUGCCCACAGAUGCUUGGGCUCCUGCCAGCGAUAGCGGCCGUCCCUCCCUCCCUGCUUCCCGCCCUCCCUCCUCCCUGAGGCUGGGACGAGUGAGCGGGGUUGCUGCAGAGCCACGGUGCAGCCGCCGCGGGGACGGCACGAAGGCAGCAGCGAGGGAGACACCGGCUUGGCACCACUGAUACCGGGUCGGCCCCACUGGUACUGGGUCAGCUCGGGAGGAGCCGCAGCGGUCGGGUGAUGGAAGGGUCGAGCAGCAAGAAGCGGCGGUGAGCAGGGCGUGCGCGGGGGGCAGCCCCAUGGGGAUUCGGUCAUCGGAGGGAUCAGUGCAGCAUGGAGGCUGCCAUCACCCUGCCCAACGCCUCCAGUAACAGCAGCCAGGCUGGCAGCCCCCCACACUCGCCGGCGGCCACCGGGCUCAUCCUGCUGGCCGUGCUGGCCGUGCUGCUGGCCACACUGGUGGGCAAUGCGCUGGUGGUGGCAGCCGUCUCCACCAGCCGGGCUCUGCGCGCCCCGCAGAACCUCUUCCUGGUGUCCCUGGCUUCAGCGGACAUCCUGGUGGCCGUCCUCAUCCUGCCCUUCUCGUUGGCCAAAGAGGUGAUGGGCUACUGGUACUUCGGCAGCUUGUGGUGCAGCCUCUACCUGGCGCUGGAUGUGCUGCUGUGCACAGCCUCCAUAGGGCACCUCUGUGCCAUCAGCCUGGACCGUUACUGGGCUGUCACACGGGCGGCACGGCUCAACCUGCGGCGCAGCCCUGGCCGAGUGAAAGGGAUGAUCGGGGCGGUGUGGGCCGCGGCCGCCCUGGUGGCCUUGCCACCCCUCUUCAAGGCCCGGCCGCGGGCACGGCAAUGCGAGCUGAUCGACGAGACGUGGUACGUGCUGGCCUCCUGCAUCGCCUCCUUCUUCGCCCCGUGCCUCGUCAUGGUCACCGUCUACUGCCGCAUCUACCGCCUCACCACACGUCGGAGUGCCGCCGUGCUCGCCGCCCGCCGUGGCUCGGCCCCGUGCCCUGGGGAUGCCAACAGGAGGGCAUCAUGGGCUGCAGCACCGAGCCGGCGGCACCGGAGCCAGCACCAGAGCGUGUCGCUGUGCCGCCGGCGGUUACUGCGGGUGCGGGAGCGGCGCUUCACCAUCGUGCUGGCUGUGGUGAUGGGGGCCUUCGUGCUCUGCUGGUUCCCCUUCUUCUUCACCUACAGCCUGGAGGCUGUGUGCGGGGAGGGGUGUCGCGUCUCCAAGCCCCUCUUCAGCUUCUUUUUCUGGAUCGGGUACUGCAACAGCAGCCUCAACCCCAUCAUCUACACUGUCUUCAACAGGGACUUCCGCGCUGCGUUCCGCAGACUCCUGGCUGCCCUGAUCCGGCACGGCUCCUAGGGACCUUCGGGGCAGCCACCCCACUGCGCUGUGACAGAGAUGGGGGAUGGAGGGCUGUGCUGCUGGGUCUGAACUCAAGGUACUUCCAGAAGCGCAGGGUUUUGCAGGGCGGUGAAUAAAAAAAGGCAGAACUGCACGCCCAGGGCUGGUGUCUGCAACCCAGGAGCACUCAGCUCCGCUCCUCUCCCAGGUCACCCCAUCUAUCCCCACUGUUUCUUACAGCCAUGGGUGACUUCUCAGUGGUGAGUACCAGCAAUCUGUGCCACCUCACCCUGGCUGGAUUUGC